GAUCUAUAUAAGCCCCUCAAAUCAAUCAUCCCUUCUUCUUUUCACCAUCAUCAACUUCAUCAUACAUUCACAACACAAUACACCAGAAUUUCCACACGCCAAACUUCAACUACCAACAAAUUCACACCGAAAGCUUCAAAAUGCAAUUCUUCGUUCCAUUCUUUGCUCUCCUCGCGACUAGCGCCCUCGCUAUGCCCAACACCUUUGAAACUCGCGAUGUCGAGGCUGGACAGCUCGAGGCUCGCGCCAACUGUGGCCAAAUCCUACCGGCCUGCAACGGCGGGAAUGUAGUCGGACAGACCAACUGUCGCUGUAAAGGUCAAAAAGAGACUUGUGAUCUCUGGCACUGCCCCGGAGACGCACCCAAUGUCAUGGCUUGCGGCCAAGCCGGUACUGGAUGUGUCUGGAUUUAAAUUAUAAUGAUGACUCUCCACUCGUGGGCCAGGGAAUUGAGAUUUCAUGGAUUUUUCAAAAGGGCUUGCAGCUUGCAGUGGUAAGCUCUCAACAGCUUCUCUAUCUCGGGGCGUGCGGAUAAAGAAGCAGAAAACUGUUCCUUUCCAUGUUUUACUUGAGUCAAGGGAGCGGAUCAUGAACAUAAAACUUGAAUGUUUGUAGAGGAGGAAUCUUUCUGUGUUGCUUUCUUUUUACACGUGUACACAUUAUCGUUAGUCAUUCAUUGUCAGAAAAUGCGAAAAGAUAUUACCCGGGCCCGGGCA